AUGGGUCGAACCGUCGACCAGGAGGUGCACGCGGCGUUUGUCGAGUUCCGCGCCAAGGAAGAUGACAAGGUGCGUGACUGCGUAUUUCGUAAUAUUUCAAACCCACCACCAGCGUCACUAACAUACGGAAAACCCGCGUUUUUGGGUGUUCUGCAUUCUAGUGUCUCUCGGUCCAGUGUAUCUACUGCCAGCAAAUUCGCGCAAAGAAUACUUCGCGACAGAAACAACACCUCUUGGAAUGUCCUGGCCUGCGUGGUCACCCUAACGCGCCACAAGCCGCCCAGGCUGCCCAAGCCCCUAAUGGCAUCGGUCCUACCAAUGGAUACCCCGGUACCCCCCAAUGGUCCGACAGCUACUGCUCCCGGCCCAACAGGCCCUUCCAUCCCAACACCAAACGGUACCUUGAUGGGAAAUGGUGUCAAUCCUCAUGCGACUCCGAUCGGCACCCCGUUAGCCAACCUAAACCGUCCGCCGAUGGCAACCCCAGGCCCGCCGCCUGUCAGCGUCCCUCCCGGUUCGGCGCCUUCAUCUGUUCCUCCGCCGCGUCCUACCCCGAAAUCAAAGUCCAAGCCGAAUACUUCUAGCCUGCCGGCGCCCCCAUUGGAUGAUGUACACGCUGCCUUCGUUGAGUUCCGCGCCAAAGAAGAGGACAAGUGUUUGUCAGUGCAAUGUAUAUACUGCCAGCAAGUCCGCGCAAAGAACACCAGCCGUCAGCGUCAGCAUCUAUUGGAGUGUCCGACCUAUCUCAGUGUCAUGAAGGAUUCUAUUCCUGCCAAUAACCUACUUCACACAUUCCCCGAGGGUGAUGUUGCACGUUCGCUCCAGAUCCCCGCUCCUACACUCGAACUUGAUUUCCGUAUGAGCAUCAAGUUGAACCCUAAGGUUCCUGUGGGUCAGAGCAUCUGGGGUCACCGCGAAUGGGUCUCGUUUGUUGGUGGUCAGUGGGCUGGUCGAUGGGGUAAGGGUAUUGUCUUGCCCGGCGGUCAAGACGAACAGAUUGUCACCAAGGACCAGACUACCAAACUUCGCGCAAACUACCUCCUCCAGACUGCCGAGGAUCCUCCGGCCUUCAUCAUGGUCAAGGCUGAAGGUUGGCUCACUGGUGCUAAGGACAUUCUCGAGAAGGUCAACGACCAGGGUCUCGCCGAUGGUAUCAACCCCGGUAGCUACAAGUACCGCAUCAACCUCUCUAUGGAAACUGGAGAUGAGCGUUUCACCUUCCUCAACACUCUGAUGUGGAUUGGCAGUGGCUGCCGUCGCGGUCAAGAAGUUAUCUUCGACGCGUUCCGUGUCAACUAA